CUGAUCAGGGCUGCCAAAUUCCGGGCGACGCACCGCUGGUCAAUAAAUAAAAGCAAAACUUUUGUUUUAUUUUAAUUUUUGCAUGUCCAACCUUACACUAACAAGUACAACAGCAUGGGCAUCCUAGAGAAGAUUGCGGAGAUCGAGCGCGAAAUUGCGCGGACGCAAAAGAACAAAGCCACCGAGUACCAUUUGGGUUUGCUGAAGGCGAAAUUGGCGAAAUACCGAUCCCAGCUAUUGGAGCCGUCUAAGAAGGGCGAAAAGGGUGAAGGAUUCGAUGUGCUCAAAAGUGGAGAUGCCCGGGUGGCACUGAUCGGCUUUCCCUCUGUGGGCAAGUCCACAAUGUUGUCCACUUUGACUAAAACGGAAUCGGAGGCGGCAAACUAUGAGUUCACCACUUUAACAUGUAUUCCUGGCGUCAUCGAAUAUCAGGGUGCCAAUAUCCAACUACUGGAUUUGCCCGGUAUCAUCGAAGGCGCCGCACAGGGCAAGGGGCGUGGUCGUCAAGUCAUCGCCGUAGCCCGUACCGCUGACUUGGUACUGAUGAUGCUGGACGCCACCAAGCCAAAUGUUCAUCGGGAACUGCUCGAAAGAGAACUGGAGUGCGUGGGCAUUCGAUUAAACAAACGCAAGCCCAACAUCUACUUCAAGCAGAAGAAGGGCGGCGGCCUGAGCUUCAAUGCUACCUGUUCCCUGACACGUUGCAACGAGAAAAUGGUACAGACCAUCCUGCACUCCUUCAAGAUCUUCAACGCCGAGGUUCUUUUCCGCGAGGACUGCACUGAGGACGAGUUUAUCGACGUGGUUACAGCCAAUCGUGUAUAUCUGCCCUGUCUCUACGUUUACAACAAAAUCGAUCAGAUCUCCAUCGAGGAGGUGGACCGCCUGGCGCGACAACCGAACUCAAUUGUGGUUAGCUGCAACAUGAAGCUCAAUCUGGACUAUAUGCUGGAGGCCCUGUGGGAAGCGCUGCAACUCAUCAGGGUCUACACAAAGAAGCCAGGUGCACCGCCAGACUUCGACGACGGACUGAUUUUAAGAAAGGGUGUCAGUGUAGAACACGUGUGCCACGCCAUUCAUCGCACGCUGGCGGCGCAGUUCAAGUACGCCCUGGUGUGGGGAACCUCCACAAAAUACUCGCCUCAGCGCGUCGGAAUAGCCCAUGUAAUGGCCGACGAGGAUGUCAUCCAGGUGGUUAAAAGAAGUAAUGAUUGUUUCAGAUGAAAUAUAUAUUCUAUGCUAUAACAAA